CGCGUGGGGCCUGGCGUCUCCCUCGAAGCCACGAUGGAGGAGGCGCUUCCCACCGUCCUGCUGCCCGGCGAAAGCGAAGCGUUGGUGGAGUCGCUAAGGAACUUCCAGCUGCGGGAUAUCGGAAACUACGGGUACGAGGAGGAGGCCGAGCUGGAGGGAAGGGGGUGUCCAUGGGCGAUAGGAAAUAGCGCCUCGCUGGGGGAAGGAGCCUCAGAGUCGAGCAGGCCGAAGCAGGGAGGCGGAGCCCCUUUGUGGGGACGAGUGUCUGUAGCAGUUGGAUGGCAGGCAGGAAUCUCACAGGCAAAGCCACCGCACUUCGCUUCACCUGUGGGAUUUCUGCCUGCCCCACCUGUUUUUAAAAAGGUCUGGAUCCCUGAUCUCCUGUUAUCCUGCCACAGGUGGGGAAAUAAUGGCACAGGCAGUGCCACAUUUCCGUAUAAGCUAAGCAAGCUAUAGCUUAGGGCCCCACUCUCUUGGGCCCCCCCAAAAAAAAAUUAAAGGAAAAAACCACAGGAUGUACAUUUCCAAAAUGUAAGAUAAAAAACAAAUAAAAUAAAACCGACAUACAGCAACAGUGUUUUGUGUUGUGUUGGCUUCUGUGAUAUAAGUCAUGGGCCCUGCCUGCUAGCCCUGCUCCCUAAAAUAUCAGUGGUUUGCUCACUUCUUUAUUUAGGGUACCCACAUUCUGCAUGGACUGAUUGCAUGGCAAUAUGUGCAAAUGGCUUCAGAUACCUAUUAGGUCCAUAAAUUACCAUAUAGCAUAUAUUCAACACAAUAAACAGUGACAAUUUGUUGUUGACAAAGGAUAGCUUUGGACAUAUACAGGGCCCCAUUACCUUCAGUAGCUUAGGGCCUCAUCAAACCUAAAUCCGGCCCUGGGCACAGGAGCCACGUGGGCAGCAAGAGAUUAUUUAUCUCUUUAUUAUUGCAUUUGUAUUUCACCUUUUCUCUCCAAGGAGCUCAAGGUGGCCUACAUGGUUAUCCCCCACCUCACUUUACCCCUCACAACAUCCCUGCAAGGUAGGUUAGGCUGACAGAGAGGGUGAGGUUGCCCAGUGAGCUUCAAGGCUGAGUGGGGAUUUGAACCCUCUUCUCCCAACACCGUAACCCCCCUGCCACACUGCCUAUGUAGAACUGCCACUGCACCCUGAAGUGCCCUGAAGUUGGGAUGGGGAGAAGAGGGGAGGCACAUGCUAUCCCAUCAGCUGAAGACUGAUACAAUGGAGUGAAAGGAUAAGAGGCAGUUAAUUCUUUUCGAGGACACUGGAUGCUAACAGCAUUUUCAAAUUGGGGAUGUCAUCAGAUCAGAUACACUUGUGAAGUAUAAUCCAGUGCAAUAAAAUGUGAAGAGUGGCUGAUAGCCAGAAGAAAUUGUUGUUAGUGGUGGUUGCACAGAAGAAAUGGGGACUGGUGCUAACUACUCUCACCCUACUCUUCUAGGUGGAUAAGGCAACAUGAGCACAUUGAGAAGCUUAACAUGCAGGCAAUACUGAGUGCUUCUGCUGGGCAUGAGCAACUCCUCACUGAGCUUCUGGUGAACAAUGGCAAGGUAUGAUGCAUUCAACUGUGGACCUAUAAGAGAAGCAUUGGUAUCUGACAGAAUCUAUGUUCCCGUGAACAAAGUUGAACUGUGUUUUAUUUGGUACUUGCGUAAGGUUGCUCAAAGAGCUACUCAAGUUUAUACACUUAUAUCCUACAUAAAGUAACUACUAGCCCCACCGUGGUCACAACCAUAAAUGAUGAUUAUUAUAGUUUCUCUCCAAAUUAACUUGACAGGGUAGAAAAAAUUACUUCUUCAGCACUCUUUGUGACUACAUGAUGGUGGUUAUGGUAUUAGGAGCUAACUCAAGCUGCAUUUAAUGAUUUUGAUUAUGCACUCUAAGGCCACAAUCCUAAGUGAGAUUUUUAACAAAUUAAUUAUUGAAUUUAUAUCUUGCCCUUCCUCCCAAAGGAGCCCAGGGAGCCAAACACAUCAACAAUUUUAAAUGAAAAACAUUCCAAACAACUAAAAAUUCUAUUAAUAAAACCAAUUACAGUUAAACUAUCUAAGAGCAGUUACAGGUUUAAAAUGCUCUAAGAGCUGUUACAGUUAAAAGCAUUAGUUCAUUCGGUGAGCUUAUGGUUGCCUAGAAUCAUAUUCUUCAGCAAGCAAAUGCCUGGGUAAAUAGGAAUGUUUUCAAAUUACUCCUGAAAAUUAAUAAUUAUAGAGAGAGAGACAUCACUAAGGGGGACAUUCCACAAAUGGGGAAACCAAUAAUGACAAAGUCCUGUCAUGAGUCACUGACAACUGAGCAGACAACCAGUUGUUGAGUCUGAGAUGGGACUUAAAGGUAAAGGGACCCCUGACCAUUAGGUCCAGUCGCGGACAACUCCGGCAUACAGCUUCCGGGUCAUGUGGCCAGCAUGACUAAGCCACUUCUGGUGAACCAGAGCAGCGCACAGAAAUGCCUUUUACCUUCCCGCCAGAGUGGUACCUAUUUAUCUACUUGCACUUUGACGUGCUUUCGAACUGCUAGGUUGGCAGGAGCAGGGACAGAGCAACAGGAGCUAACCCCAUCACAGGGAUUUGAACCACCAACCUUCUGAUUCUGAUCAGCAAGCGCUAGAUUCUGUGGUUUAGACCACAGCGCCACCCAUGUCCCUUGAGAUGGGACUUAGUGCCAGGUAAAUAUGUUUUCAACAACCCUGUGAGGUUGGUUAGGCUGAGAGUGAAUGACUGGCCCAAGAUCACGCAGUGAGCUUCAUGGCUGAGUGGGGAUUUGAAUUGUGGUCCGCCAAGUCCUGGUCUGACACAUUAUUAUUAUUUAUUAGAUUUAUAUAGAUUUAUAUAUGUCAGGGCAGUUCUAACUGCUACACCACACUGGCUUUCAGUGUUCCACAAAAAAGACUGUGUGCACCUUCUUUCAUUGUCACAGGUAAGGGUUUUUUGUCUGCCCUGUGAACAGCAGUGUGUAAAGUGAGAGAAUUUCUUCUGCCUGCAGUAAGCUGUUUGAACAUCAGAGAGACAUAUCACAAGCCCUGAAAUUUUCUUGUUUGAUUCAGGCCUUACAGACCUCAUAUUUAUGCUGGAAAUAUCUCACUCAUUCCUGAUUAUUUGUUUUUUCCUGUUUAGAUCCCAGUUCUGAUUGAGGAAUUAAUCACCGUGGAGAUCUGGAAGCAUAAGGUAUUCCCUAUACUUUGCAGACUGGAGGAUUUCAGACCAAAAAGCACAUUUCCCAUAUAUUUAGUGGUAAGUUUUUAAAGGGUUUUAGGUACAACAUUUCAUAAUACUAUGCUACUUAUACUGCACAGUACCUGUAAGAAAGUAUCACACAAUGAUGCUUCAGCUAGCUAAAUUAGUCUGGCACAUCCCAGAAUUAUCACUAUUAGGAGAUUAUAUGUACUAUUAAUGUACAAUAAAUUUUAAGCUAAAUUUCUGAGAAAGCUAAUUAUUUCGUUAAAGCUAGAGCUUCCAAAACAUCAAAACAAAUUGUACCUUUCAAGAGGGUAGCACCUGAUUUUAGUACCUAUUAUCCUGAAUACAGAAAAUCAGUUUUUAUUUCAGUAUGUAAUACCCUGUUCUGAUCAUAACAAUCCUACAGGCCAAGGUUCAGUGUAAUCAACUGCAAUUUCUAAAGAUGGUUUCCCCACCACUACACACACACACACACACACACACAUUAAAUAUUUUAAAUCUGAAUCUGAUAUGUGACAUUUGCUCCACUAUGUUCUCACACCACUAAGAUGACACAAAAGUGGAAUUCUAUUUCUUACAACAUAUUCUCUUGUUUUUUGACAUUACUAAUGUCUCCAGUAAGCGGCAUUUUGAUAUUUUAUUUUUUUAUUCUUCCACCUCAGCUACGUCAUGAAGCUUCAAUUAUUAACCUGUUGGAGACAGUGUUUUUUCACAAGGUAGGCAGCAAAUUUAGACUUUACGAGCAAAGAUUAUGGACAAAAAUAUCAUAAUGAUAAUUUAGGUCACUGAGGAUGAAUCAUGAUAAUUCACCAAGUGGAGACUUCUCAGUGUGGUAAUAUGGUCCAGGGGAUAAUUGUUGAUCUGGGCUUUUUUAUUCUUUCUUAUUCCUCUACUACAGAUUAUUUUAGAGUGGAGUAGGAUCACCUAGGGCUUCUGCAUGAGCUACAAGUAACAAUGUCAUUGAUUUGCCAAUCUGUGUAAGAUUUUAUGUGACUUCACGUUGCAGGCCUGCUGCUCCCCAGAUUGGCAGAAGUAAAUUUCCACUGGCCCCUCUGGGGCCAGACAUUACAACCUCUACCCCUACCAAUCUGAAGUGCAGGCAAGUGCCCCUCAGAAACCAAAUAUUCGCCCCAGACUUUUUACUUCAUCCCUGGUCAAGUAUCCUAUCUUUUCUUACCUGACCUAUUGUGGAAUAUCCCUUUGACUCUCUUUUAGUACAUUUCUUUUGCUAAACUGGUUGCAACAGUGUAAUUCAGUCUUCUCUUACUUUUCACUAAACAACAUUUUAGCUCCCAACAGAAUAAACCAGAUGGCUUCUUAUUCUAGCUAUUAGACAUGCAUGGUCAGGCAAGAAGGUAUCUUGGAUAAGGAAGAAACACAUUUAAUCCAGGUACUGGAAAUUAGGCCUAACUCAUUGACAGCUAUGUUUUUUCAGAGACACACUGUAGAGAACUUAUACACUAGAGUGUAACCAAAGCCACUUUUUAAGUGAUGAGUUGCCUUCAUUUGGAAUAUUGUUUCCAUUCUUUCUGCAGAAUUUAGCAUUUCUAUUAUUGUGCAGGAAAUCUGUGAAUCGGCAGAGGAUACCAUUCUGGACUUGAUAGAUUACAGCCAUAGGAAGCUGACCCUAUUAGCAGCUCGAAGUGCCAGUGGGAAGAUCCCAGUUGAACAAAAGCUUCAGUCAGAGGAUCUUGCCAAUCCUUCAUCAAUGCAGGUUGGUAAAAGUUGCAACCUCCCACUUCUAGAUGCCUCUUUGGGUAAAAGAAAAACUUUUGGUGGGAUUCACCUAACCAGCUCCAUCAGCAGAAACCCUGUGAAAAGAAUUCUGCUUGUGCAGUGGGGUUUUCACCCCUCUCUUUUGCAUACCUCUUGCCAGGUGGGGGCAGUUCAGAGAACCCCCAGAACAGCUCAUGGGGGAGCGGGGAUCAUUCCAUCUGGCAAGCUGAAAUGCUUGCACAAACUGAAUGUUCAUCAUAAGGCAAUGUGGAAUUCCACCCUUUAAUUCCCAAGAUGGAAAAUUCAUGUGGUGCCUCCACACCAUAAAAUAUUUAAUUAAAAAACAGAUCAUUUGCUACCCUUUGAUCUCACAAAUGUCCUUUCUGAAGUGGCCUAUCUCAGUUUGCAUCAUGGUAGGACCAGGAAAAAAAUAAUGUCUGCAAAGCUCUGAAACAUUCUGUGUUAGUUUCCAUAACCACAUCUGCUCUCUGCACUUAUUCCCACUACUUUUUCAGAACCAAAAGGUCAUAAAUCACUGUUCUGAGUAAUGAAGCUAUUCUAAAUAACGAGUUCCCCCUUUACUAGGCAUGUGGUAACGUUCUAAGUGAAAAUGAGUUUUAUUUACUACUUGUCUAACAAGCUUUAUUCAUUGAAGGAAUGCAGUUUGUUCUUGUUGAGUUUCAGCUAGCUUCCUCUAUCUCCAUGCUUCCAUCAUCAUUGUUUUGUGACAUGGUAGAGUCUGACCAGUUGUGUCUCACUGUCUAGCAUUGUAUUAAGCUUGGGAAGAUAAUGCAGAACACUCAAGAGUUUUACUUGCUGUGAGUUAAUAGUGUCUCAGACACUAAGUAAAGGAAUAUGCAAUCCUUCCACCAGCUUGCCUUGUAGCUGUCAUCUCCCUGCAAACCCUUCGCCUUCUGAUUUUGGACACAACUACUUCAUAAACUGUCCAGUCCUGGUAAGGCUGUAUUCACUGAAGAGUUGUAAGGAAGCAGAACCAGCUUGAGAUUAUGUAGCAUAGGUAAUAGCCACAUUUCCAAUGCAGUAUCAAGAAGCCAGACCAGAGAAGAGGUGCAAUUACCGGUAGAUACAGGUUCUUUAGUACCCUGGACAGAUCAGAGAGUGCAGGCAGCUUGUUCCCACAGGCUCCUAGCUCCCAACCCUUAUCCCCCUCCCCUUGUGUUUAGCUACCCAUCCUAGGCUCCACCUCAAGGGGGAGAAAGCUUUAAAGAUGUAGUUUUCUAGCCUCAAACUUAACACUCCAACAUUUCUCUCUUGAUUCCUGUCUGGUGUAUUGCCUGAAUGAGGGAGCAGCUACUAUGGAGCAGUGUUUCAGAAAGAUUGGGGCCAGGGAAUGUUAUCUCUAGGAAUUAUGAUGCAGGGAGCUAAGGUUCACUGCUGGGGCCUGGGUCCAGCACCUCUGCAACUUCACCUCUGGCCCAGGUACUGCUUGAGAUGGUGCCAUGACCAAGUGUCAUUUGCUGAAUAUGGAGAGAACUUCAAAAGGUUCAGAUUUCCCCACCAGCACCUGGCAGCAUCACUAUAGUGUUUGAGCCUUAGAUAGCUCUUUGUGUGAAUUUUGCUGCUUCCAGGAACUAAAGAAACAAGCUGAGGAGAUGGAGUUUGAGAUCUCACUGAAAGCGCUUUCUGUGUUCCGUUUCAUUACCGGUCUAUUAGAGAGGUAUGUUCAGUUUUCAUGGAAGAACUGAAGUAAACGCCUGGGAGAAGGGGUAAAGAUUUUCUAUAUUCCCAUGUCUGCUAGUUUCAAUUUUGGAAGGAGUGCCACCUUUGCCCCAUGGGUGCCCGGGGCUGUGGGUGCCAUGCAGUGUGCAUGACCAUGGCACCAAAUUUUGUGGGUGCCCAGUCCCUUCAUGGGGAAUUUUAUGGGUGCUCGAGCACCCAGGCCCCCAGGGAGUUGGUACCUAUGAGUUAGUUCAUAACUUGUAAUAUAAUGAGAAGCUGAAUUUUGAUUUAAGUUGAAUAUUAACUUAAAUUGCUAUGAAUAUGAUCACUAAAGUCUUGAUGACAUCCUUAUCUGAAUAGGAGUAAACAUUUAUAUAUGUUCAUUGCGUAGUGCUGUUAAUUGCUUAAAGUAUUACUCACUGAAGUGUUGGAGUAUAUUAGUUUUGCUAUAAUAAAUAUGGUGAUAGGAUUUUAGCACUGCUUGCUGGUGUGUAUUCUUCACUGCUGAUUAUUCAUUGUAAGCAUCCUAACAUGACUACCAACUGAGGUCUUAAUUUUUGUCACUUAAAUUUUUCAUAUUAAUUUUAGUUUUGUGAACCUUGACGAAAACACUUAGCUGCUCGAUUGCAUAAAACUGGCAUCUUCAAUAUAUCCUUAUGUUUUGUCAGUUUGCCAGUGAGUGCUGCAACAAGAAUUCUGAAUACCCACAACUUUCCAUGUCUCUUGGUAGAGUUGGUAGAGCAUUCUCCAUGGAGCUGCCGUGAAGAAGGUGUGUAUUAUGGGCUAGGGAUUGUUCCUAUCAAAAAAUAAUCACAUGACCUUGUUCCUUUGGAUAAUAUAAUAUUGGGUAUUAAGGGUUCCUCUUGGUUGGGUCCUCUGUUGUUUGUAAAUUGAGACUAGAACAUCAGGAUAGACUAACACUCUUCUCCAUAAAACUCAGGGUUCCCCCUUUUAUAACUCUUCUGCCCAGUAAAUGUAUUUGUAGCUUAUCAUCCAUUACUUCUGAUGGCUAUGUCUUCAACUAAUUUUUGCAUGAUUCAUCAUUUUUUGUAAUUAAUAUAUGGUACAGGCUGCACCUCAACCCAUGCUCUGUAACCAGUUGUGGAAAUUCAAAACUAUCCUUACCAUAACCCCUCUGUUUUAGUUUGUUUGUUUCCUUUUUAUUUGAGCCUAGCUAUCUCUUGUUUCCCUUUCUGUUCCUGUACUGAUUUUUCUACCUCUAAAGAAAAGCAGAACUGUGAAGGACAAACAUGACAGUUCACAGGUGCCUACUCACCCUUGUGUAUUUAUGAGCAGGCACCUCAGUCUGUCAUGCCAAGAAGUAGACUGUCAUCUGAAUAUACAGCUAACCAGGCAGUAGACCACAGUCAUGAUAGAAGAAAGCAUGUAUGUACAAGAGAUGUAUAAGAACACCACUAGGGCACUGAUUUAGAAGAAAUGCCAUGGUGUACCUGUAGCAGCAAAACCGGAUACCUUCAUCUGCCCCAGCUGCAACAAAACAUGUCUCUCCUGCAUCGGUCUCUGCAGCCAUGGCAGGCUCUUGUAACUCUCCAACAGUUUGACUUUACUCUUGAAGGCUGACUCUUCCAUUGUCUCCUGAGACAGACAGAUGCAAACAAUAGUUAAGGAAACAUAAUUCUGCAGCUUCGGUUCUGCAAAAGAGAACCCUAAUAGAGAGGCUUCUUGCUAUCCUAAUAGGGUUGCAGGACAGCCUGCUCAUUAUGCCCCUGAAGAACUAAAUCUAGGGAUAAAGAAACAAACUGGACAUAAGAAAGUGUGCAAAUUAUACAUUUGCAUAAGCAGCUUUUCAUCCAUCUUGGCCUGGAUAUUUUUUGCCUACUAGAUUUAUAUUUAUCAUAUUUAAAUGUUACUUAUGAUUUUUAGAAUGUCCUUUUCUUUAUUAUCACCAUUUAUCAUUUUUCCCAGGGAAGCUGAAGAAGUAUGAGAAUGGUGCAUGGUAUGAGGUGCCCUAUGAAGACCAUGUAAAGAUGACUAAGUUGGAUGGGCAAGUCUGGAUUGCUCUCUAUAACCUGCUCCUUAGCCCAGAAUGUCAGCGCAAGUACAACUUCAAUAAUUUUAACAAAGGCCAGCUCCUGAAGGUAGAGGACUACAGAGGACACAGACUGCAAGUGCAUGAUUCUCAUAAUGUUUAGUCUGGCAUAUUUAGAUAUACUAUUCUAGCUUUAAACAAUGUUGCAGGAACCAGGAUUAAAAAUUAUUGAUUUUUCAUCAGCUAAUCCAUCACAACUGGGAGUAAAGUAGGGCCUGCAAGCCUUAAUUGAGCUAACUGGCAAAUUAAUAUUAGUUAAUUUUAAAUUAAUUAGUCAACAGAUGACAAAUUUUAUCUGUGGGACACUUAUUUAUUUUGGGAGUGGGAUGUUUUGUUCUAAAGGAAACAUUGAAAAUGCCCUUUUCUUCUAACAGUAUGUGGUAGCUUUUGUUUGAUAAAUUUAAAUUCCUUUAUUAUCUAAAAAUAUUGAGAAUUUGGUGACACACAAAUUUUGUUACAACACUGCAAAUUUUGCUACAACAUAAACAUUUGUUACAACACUACAGAGGGAUUCUGUAUAUGUGUACUUGGAAUUAAAUUCUAUUUGAUCCCAUGGGACUUGGGAGUAAGUAUGCAUAGAUUUGCCUUAAAUUAGUUAGUCAGCCAUUUCCAUAUUUUCCAGAAAGCAGUCAACAACAAGUGCAUUUCGGCCACAAGACGUUACUCAUAUAAAUGAGCUUUGUGCUAAUAAGGCACAUUCUAUGGCCUUUUACAUGUGUUGGGGGUGGGGAUAUUGCUUUGUUUUUGUUUUAUUAUGUAUUUUGUGUUAUCAUUUUCGUUAUUUUGUGAACUGCCCUGUGAACUUUGGAUGAAGGGUGAUAUACAAAUUUUAUUAUUAUUAAUAAUAAUAUUCCAUCACAUUCCAUCUGCUUCAACAGAGGAUGCAGGGCCACUCCAUCCAUGCAGCUGAGAGACCAGCAACUUUUGAUGCCUUCUUUCCUUGAACAUUUCCACCCUGGUUGAUCAUUAGAAAAACUUGUAACUUAGUUUAUUUCAUCCUCCCACAUAUUUUCCUUCUUUUUAGUGAUCUGUAAGUCACUCUCAGAGCCUUUUUAGGCAGAGUGGGUUUAAAAAAAUCAAAGCCAUUGAAGAGUAAGAAGAUAAAUUUCCUUAGGACACUGGUACUGCAUUCUGCAUAGAAAUUAUAUUGGUAUGGACUUUUAAAGUCCUAAACGGCCUCAGUCCUGUAUACCUGAAGGAGUGUCUCCGCCCCCAUCCUUCAGCCUAGACACUGAGAUCUAGCUCCAAAGGCCUUCUGGUGGCUCCCUCACACCUGCUUAAUAUGGGAGCUGGAGGGCUAAUGUUUAUAUCUUUCUCUGCAGUAAUUAUAAUAGUUGCAACUGAUGGCCUCCUUGCUGUUCCAAGUGUAGCAAAUUUCUGCUUCCUUGUAUUGUUGCUUCCAGUUUUUUGUUGAGCAGUAGAGAUUGGGUAAUUUGAAAUGCAUUGUUUUACUUAACCAGCUCUGAGAUCUGAGACAGAUCUGAGAAAGUAUAAAAGUGUCCGUUGUUCAUACAGAUCCUUUUACUUAGCAUAUGGCUUAUUCUUAACAUUUUUUUAAAUCUUAUGAUCAUCUCUGUUUAGCUCCGUACCUUCCUGACCGAUGUCCUCAUUGACCAAUUCCCCAAUCUUCUCGAGCUGCAAAGAUUCCUGAGCCAUCUUGCUGUGACAGACCCUGCUCCACCCAAGAAGGACCUCAUACUAGAGCAGGUAUAUCCAAAACCAUCUCCUUCUAGCCAACUUUUUUAUUCUUGCACUUCAAUUUUCCUUCAUUAUCAUUGGAUUUUUGAAGGCAUUUGCAGCUUUCAUAUUUCAGAUUUAUGCCCACAGCAUAUUUGAAUGGAAAAUAUGCCACAAUACUUGUAAAUCAUCGUAUAUCUGUGGCAAGGAAGGUGUGGAAAACAUUGUUCAAUAUGUGCUCUGUUGCUCUCUUCAUAAUUCUCCCAGAGAUAGAUUUAUUAAAGGAAUUAUUCAGAGAGUUUCCUUUUUGAAUAAUAAGAAAAGCUGUUAUUUGUUGAUGGAUGGGGAUAAAUAUACAACAUAUAAGGUUUCUGUGUUUGCCUUAGCAACCUACUUCUAUACUGUUUGUAUUUUCCUAUUUUCGUGUUGAUGGUUUCCAACAAAUAAGUUUGACUGUAGAGUUUACCAAUCCCAAAGUAUGUUGCAGGUUGAUUAGGUGAAAUAUACCAAUUCAGUAAAAUACAGGUUAAGCCCCAGGCAUGGUCAUACGGAACUCCUAUGCUGAAGGGAGAAAUGCAAGAAAAACUAUACUACUUAACUUUGUUUUAUGUUAGCUGCAUACAGUUCAGACAAGGUUUGCUGCACACAGGAGAACCCAUCUAUAUACACAGCAGCAAAAUAAAAAGUCAUGUUUAGAGAACUCUGGAAUUAGAUGAUUUGGCAUUAGAGCUUAUUCUAAGGAUAACUUAAGAGCAAUCAAAUAUCAAAGGCAGAUAUGAAUUUAGGAACAGGAUUGUUUUAACAUCAUCAGAAUUACAGCAUUUGAGCAUAGAAAUUCCUUAAGCAAGAAUAUUGAUAGUCAGCAGGUAACAUUAUUCUAAAUAGGCAAACACGUAGGAAAUUAAUCUAGGAGAAAGCCACAGAAAAAGAGAGCAUGAAAGCAUGUGAAGUUACUCCUCAAGAAUAUAAAGGUGUGCAAUGGAUCCCAGAAAAGCUGAAUCCAGUGUGCUUGUGUCUAAAUUCUUAAUUAUUGAGCUGUUCUAGUCUACUGAUUCUCAGGAACAUAGGAAGCUACCUUAGUCACACCAUUGGCCCAUUUAGCUCAGUGCUGUCUACACUGAUCGGCAGCAACUCUUCAGGGUUUCAGGCAGAAAAGCUUUUCCAGCCCUAUCCUGGAGAUGCUGGGAGUUGAGCCUGUGACCUUCUGAAUGCAAAGCAAAUGCGCUACCAAUGAGCUACAGCCCUGCCCUUCUCUUAGUUUACAUUGGUACCAGUAACUGAGAAUUGGCAUUCUGAGAGACUUUUGGUGGUGGCGGGGGUGGACGGGACUGCAGCUAUGCUGUACACACCCUGGCAAGGCAAACUUCCCAAUGAGCCAUGAACUCACCCUCUGUCUUUAUGCCAAGCAAUGAUGAAGAGGCUUUUUUCCAUCUCUGUCUCUCCACAGAGCAGUCUUUGACUCUCAGUCCCUGCACUGCUAUUUUUACUCGAUAGGGGCAUCAAUUCUAUUGAAACAUCAGCUUUUCCUGUAGAGCUGAACUUCAUCACACUUGCCCUUUGCCAGAUUUUUCUCUCAUAUUUGAAAGCCCACGCCUGGGUGUUUCUUUUCAGGGAACUGACAGAUUACAGAAAGUUCUAUUUUAAGUAAGCUUUUAGCCAUGUGGCAGAUUUUUUGAAAACUACUACCGGUAGUUCCACAUUAUAGGCUCAUGCCUCAAUAUCCACCUUCAACUUAUAGUAUUUGGGGCCUCCUACUGAAUCCUGGAGCGUUCUGGUAUUGUAUUUUCUGAAGACCUGAACACUACAAAUUAUAUUAUAAAUAUGUAAUCGUCAGUGGGACAGACAGGGUUCACUCCCCUCCAAAAUAAUAACAACAUCAGAUACACACACAGAGAGUUUAAUAGCUAAAUGGAACAAGUCUGUUUUUUCCAUCAAUGCUUCUUUUCUAAGCAAGACUUCCUUCAUUUCUAGUUCAUGUAACCAACAUGCAGGAAACUGAUUGCUAGUUGUGCCCUAGCAGUAAAGCGGAUUCUAGCAUGGGGAAGCAAGGAUUUGGGAGAUAAUCAAACAGAAAUAUUUUUUUAUUAAAAAAAAAAUAGGUAGAGGACAAGCAGGCCAGGAAUUGCUCAUGCUGUUAAGCUUAAUUCAAAUCUGUCUAGAAAAGGCUGCAAUUUCUUAAAAGAAUUAUCCUGAAAUUUCUUCUAUUUGGCGUUUGUCCACUGUUACAUAAAACUGUUCAAUAUUCCUUCAGAAGUCUCCCCAUUCAACUCUAUUGUUAGACUUUCCCUUUAGUCAGUUAAACCUAGACAGAAAUCCUGCUUUUUUCUUUUAUAUAAAUAGAUGCUUAUCGCUUCCAAAUGUGCUUGCACUCUACUGAGCUUCAGGAAUUAUUACUGCUCUCGAAUCCCUUGCUUUAGAUGGAUUCACCUUUCUUUCUUUCUUUCUUUCUUUCUUUCUUUCUUUCUUUCUUUCUUUUUUUCGCUGUCCUAACAGGUUCCUGUAAUAUGGGAAAACAUUGUCAGUAAGAACUCUGGAAAAUGGCAAGCAAUUGCCAAGCACCAGGUAAACAACAUGUUUAGCCCUUCAGAGGAGGAACUGAAAAGCCAGGCUUGCAGGUAAAAUUUUACUAUGCUCAGAUUCAUACUAUAUCAAAGCUUAUGUUAUGGCAAGUCUUUGUUUUAGCCAGCUGGAUGCACAGAAUCUGAAAGCUCACAUGCUGAAUAACAUUCAGCUUUCCCAAUUCAACUAGGUUUAGGAACCCCCGGAUGAAAUUUGACUUCCUAUAGUAAAAUUAGAAGGUCUUUGACGUGUGAAAUGUGAACUUAUAUUCAUGUAACAUAAUGUCAUGAAAAAAGCGUCCUUUAGUGUUUGGUUUGGAGUUGUUCAGAACUUAAAGGUAAAGGACCCCUGGACGCUUAAGUCCAGUCAAAGGCAACUAUGGGGUGCGGCACUCAUCUCACUUUCAGGCCAAAGGAGCCAGAGUUUGUCCACAGACAGCUUUCCGGGUUAUGCGGUCAGCAUGACUAAACCGCUUCUGGUGCAAUGGAACACCGUGACGGAAGCCAGAGCACACGGAAAUGCCACUUACCUUCCUCCCACAGCGGUACCUCUUUAUCUACUUGCACUGGUAUGUUUUCGAACUGCUAGGUUGGCAGAAGCUAGGACAAAGCAAUGGAAGCUCACCCCGUCACUGUACUGAUUCGAACUGCUGUCCUUCUGAUCGGCAAGCCCAAGAGGCUCAGUGGUUUAGACCACAGUGCCACCCGUGUCCCUGUUCAGAACUUACAGGUGGGUAUUCAGGCCUUUGGAGUUGCCAAGCAGGAAUUUAGGCUGUGCAUCAUCCAAGGAAACCAAAGCAAAAACAGCUGGAGUUCAAACCUAUAAAAGCCUCUUGCAUGUUAACAGGCUAUAGCAGAUCAUGUGAAACACUUCUGAGUCAGAUUUGGUUUUUUGCCAGAGGGAUUUGGCUCCCUGCCACAUACUCGCCUUACAGGACCCAGAAACCACAUCUAAGUACUGUUGCUCUAGGACUGUGUUAUAGUUACCUUUUAUAUUGCCUUUUUCAGUUAGCAGUGUCCAAAGCACAAGAAAGCUUUCUUAGAAUUAGGAAAUGGGUCCACAAGUAUGAUCCAUCAAAACUUUCUUAAAUUUAUUUCAUUUCAUUUCUGAACGUGUUUAAGUAUUUCUAAUUAUCUCUAACUUGCUAGUGUCUGAAUUCUAGUUCUGUCCUCCAGGUGUAAGGAAGUCUUUGGGAAAAGGCUUUUCCAUUAUGUGGUGAUGUCAUUGUGUGUCCAGCCUGCAGUUGUAUGAAGUGUUUAUAACACUGUUUUAAAUCAAGAUUGUGAAUCCAUUUAUUUAUUUAUUUGUUUAUUUAUGUUCUCAUAUUGGACUAAAUUCAACUAGCUGUCAGCUACCUUACAAUACCACUUGACAUUCCGCUGAAUGUGAUAUCAGUCUUGGAUGUAAAGGCUCUAUCCUGUAGCACAUGACGAAGACUAAGUAACUGUUGGAAUUAUCUGCUGUUGCUUGAAGGACUUUCUGAAGCCUGCUUUCUGUCUUAAAUCAGAUGGGCAAAAACAUACAACCUGGAUGUGAUGGAAGCCCUGAUCCCAGAGAAACCCAAGUGUGGGAUGUGUGGCUCCGAGGCAGCAAAACGCUGCUCUCGUUGCCGGAAUGAAUGGUAUUGCAAAAGGUAAGUACACCUAACAUAAGACAGUUGCUGUGCUAUACUGAGCCCUUUUUUGGGGUAGCUCAUAUGUAGGCAAAAGCUUCAGAGAUACCCCUCAGAGCAAAAGCUAUUCAUUUUAAAGCCUGUGUUUUGAAUACUAUAGGACACCUUACUGGCUUUUACCUAGACUACAAUCUUGCUUUUCUGGCUCAUUUGUUGUGAAAUCUAGUAGUAUUUACUAACAUUACUGCAAUCUGAGCUCUGCAACUUAGUGAUUAUACUGUUCCAUAUGAGUCUUUGCAUCUUCCUUUGUAAGCAUUUUCUUAUGCAAAAAAUACACAGUAUUAACCAAUCUUUAAAUCAUAGUUCCAAAAUUAAAUAAACUUUUUUCUUAUAGCCUUGAUUAAUCUUAUUAAUAGGAACACUGACUAUCUCAAACAAUCUUUCUUUAGCAGACAUUUGCUAUUCUGAGGUAUUUUACUACUCCUACUGAGUCCACAGUGCAGACUCUUAAACUUCCAUUAGAGGAAUAUCCCUCCAUUGCAGUUCUGUUUUCCUUACAGAAAUAUAUGAAAUUAUAUGAAAUAUAUUUCAGAUCCAUGCUUCGACGUUCCUCAUUUUAUAUCCACUCUCUCUUAUCUAAUAGACCUUUAACAAUAAGACAGUCAUUAGAUUAGGCAUAUCCUAAAUGACAUGAGCUAACCAUUCCUCACAUCUUAUAGGGCUGAUCAAACCUCUUGCAAUAUACCAUAGCAACUCUCAUGUGUAUCAUUCAUGCCCAUUAUAAAGAGGAGUUGUGCAGACUGAGGCUGCCCUUUGCUUUCUUAACUGAGUCAGAAGAUACGUUUUUCUCGAUGUCAUAUUUCAAGGUUACCUCUCAUUGCUCUGACACUUAAUUUCCAAACAAGGGUUAGUGGAAAACACAGCUCAGAUGGAGGAAAUUAUUCUGUAUGAAUCUGCAUUGGAUUUCCCCCAGCCAGUUUUGUCCAUAAAGCAAAAUAGGGGAAGAAUUAUUAGUAAUAUUAAAACUUGAAAUUUAUAUAGUGCUUUUUCCUAAGAACCCAAAGCACUUUUCAUGAUAUUAUCUAAGUUGUUUUUCCCAACAACCUUGUAAGCUAUGGAUAGUAUUAUUAUUUACAUAUUAUAUAUGAAGAUGAGAAGCUGAGCAAUAGUAGGUUGUUUAAGGCUACCCAGAGAGUUUAAAGCUGAUGAGAGAUUUGAAUCCAGGACUAAUAAACUCAUCAUAGCCUGUAUUUUUAGCCACAAUGCUAUACUUUCUUUAAAAAUAUAGAAAGCAAAAAUACACAUUGUGCUGGCUACAGAAGGAUAUAUAGGGGAUAAUAGAAUUCCUGUUUAUCCAUAUGUGGGUAAGAAAGCACAAAUCAGUGUCCCACUCUCAAAUAUGUGGGUAAAAAUCACAAAUUGGUGCCCCACUCCAAAGUGAACUUGUUUUACAGUAUAUAGUUUAUACAACACCAAUUCCAGUUUCCGCAUCCAAAUCACUGUUUAAAAAUAGAUUUUUAAUCACUGCGUGAUAUAAACACUCGAGGCAAAAUACUGUUUUAAGACAUAUACAGUACAACUUUUCUCAAGUUCAUACUAGUAUACCCAUACAAACAAAAUUAAAAUAACAAAACACAAUAAUGAACAUUUCAGUUUACUAAAAUUCCACAAAGGAGAUCAUAGAAAUCAAGAGGCAGUACCUCAAGUAGAAUGGCAAUCUGCUAAAGGUAUCAGGGAGGCUUCAAUCUUGCAGUUAACAAAUUUAUAUAUCCAUAUUCCAUUCUGACUCCUGAGCUACCUAUUAUUUUUUUCUAAAAUCCUUUCUUUUUUCACUCUCCCCUUUGCAGAGAGUGUCAGGUACAGCACUGGCAGAAGCACAAGAAAGCUUGCAACUUGAUGGCUGAUACCUUGAAGAAAAUACAGGAAGAUGUACAAGUGCAGACAACUCCUUCCAAGUAAUUCUGAUGAGUAGAGGAGUUUGCUCCAGUUCCUCCUUUGACAAAUAGGCUAAAUUUUAGAGUUUGAGAUUAGAAAAUACCCUCCUAUUAACAGCAUACACAGGAAGCCACUUAAUGUCAGAUUUAACAAACUUUCAAACAAAUACAGCCUAGGCUAGAGGAACAAAAUUCUCAUACACUAGAAGAGAUUGCACAAGAAAACACUGAGCCCACUGAGUCUCUAUUGGUUUAGGUUCUCUCCCCUAUGCCAAUUUAAUCUUAAAAUACCACGGCUGCUUGUCUCCUGGACUGUGAAUGUGAUGCAUGCAUAUUGGACUGUUCCUGUACUAGUGACGGAGAGCUAGAGUGACUCCCUAGGAAUUUGGAAGGGCUGAAUUUUAGUUGUGCUAGAAUUGCUUCUUUACUUUGUCAUUUAGAAUUUUUAAGUCUAUGGAAUUGUUUUGCAUACUGGCUUAGAUGAAGAGCCUGCCCAGUCCCAUGGCACUGAAAUAAACCAGAGUCCCUGCUACAGUUAACAGCAGAAAUGAUGAAGCUGACUCACAAUUGUUUUCUUUCCAUGAACCGAUGCAGACACUGAUACCGAUAUACCUGAUUUGAGAAUGAAAACCUGAGCCUAUUUUUUUAAGCCUUUAUGGGAAAUCAUCAUUAAACCCAGAAGGCACUCAUCUUUUCUGGAUUGUUUUUCAUAUGCCAUUCUAUAAUGUUGGACACUCUCCUUAUCUGACUUCCCUAUGCUGCUUUUCAGAGAGAAGUAAAACAAUCUAAAGAGCAUGAAAUAUCUUGUUCAAAUUCAACCCAUUUUUCAGCACUGUGGAGUGUAUAGACACAUUCACACACAGAGAGAGCAUUCUUACAAUUUACAAAGUUCCUAUUAGAUCUCAGUAAUUUAAAUUUACUUUUGAAAUUAUAGCUAUAUCCUGAAUACUUGAAUCUCAGUUCAGAGACAGUUUAUUCUACAUCUUGUUCAAAACAACUAAAUUUAAUUGUUUUGCAAAAUAUACAUUACAUACAAACUGUAGCUCAAGGGCUGUUUUUGGAUAAAAACUGCUUCUGAAGGGGGUAAUGAGAAGCAACAGAUCAGAAUGGGUGCUUGACUAUAUUACCCUGUUCAAAAUUCCUGCCCCCACUUGUAGCUUUCACCUCAUGGGGUAGUGUUUGUAAAGACUAAGUUAUACACAUUUAUAUAUAACAUGUUGUUUGAUCCCAAUUUAUGUCAAUUACUUUAAUAGCUGCACUCUAUAUGGACGAGGAUCCCAGCAUUUAGAAAUAUUUUGAAGUCUCAAAAUAGCAUAUGUGUCUUUUGUACUAUGGGACGAAAAGAAUAGAGAGGGGCAACAGGCAGUGUUACCAACUGUCCCAUCUGGUUGCUUCAGAAGCAUUGAGUGCUUAAACCAAGGGAGGAGACAGGGAAAGGAUGUGGUUAAUUAAACAAUUUCAGUUUUGCUGAGCUGCACGGUUUCAGAAUUGAGAGCACAACACAUUACAUCUUUACUGAGAAAGCUGAUUCUGUUAUUUAAUCCUUGUUUUGUUGUUAAAAAUUAAACUAAUGUCUGCCAUGUGAGAACAUUUAGGAGUGUGAUGCUAUGUGUAAUUGAUACCCUCAGGCAAGAAGUCCCAAGGGAGUGAAUGAAAGUCUUGUUU